UAUCUGUAAACUACUUAUGACUAGGAUAUGAGUUGACAGUAGCGCCUUAAGGCAGCCCGCAGCGACAAAUAACUUAUAUCUGUUGUCUGAACUGUUGGCCUAUCUUUUUACUUUUUGGUCUAAUGGCUCUUCAACUUUUGAGAGACAUGACGGUAUCAAAAACACCUUCUUCUGUGUAGUUUUUAGGCUAUUUGUGUUUUGUGGAUGCUAUAUGAAGUAGUCUAGUAUUCUUUUUUAUUUUUUUGUAUUGUGAAAUCAUGGGUUGGUUCAAUUUUUUUGACAAAUCCUUGUUCAGACAGUCCCCAACUUGCCUGGCCAAACAUGUCAGUAGGCUAAGUAAAUCCGGAGAAAAAAAUCGUUGAGGAAAAGGCUAUUUAUGUUGUGGAUUAGCGUGAAAGUAUUGGAAAAAUCAGCUUUCUGAUACAGAGGAGACAGAGAGACACAGAGAGAGACAGAGACAAAGACACACAGAGAGAGGGAGACAGACAGGGAGAGACAGGGAGAGAGACAGAAAGAGAGAGACAGAGAAGGACAAAGAGACAGAAAGAGAGAGAAAAAAGAGAGACCGAGAGACGGAGAGAGAGGUAGGGGCAGAGUGAACGUCUUGUGCUCAGCCCUGUUCAGAGGAUUGACAUGAUGGAUAAAACGGGGGUCUAAACCACGGCCGUGUUGCCCACCUCUGCUAACCAAACCAAGCCUUUCCCAACCCCAGGAUUGAGAAGGGCAAAGACGAGGAGAUGUGGUGGAGGGAGUCCAGGUGAACGAGUGAGGAACAUGAAGCCGACACACAAGGUUCUGUUUGUGUUCUGCCCCAUGCUGGUUCUGGUCUUCAUCUACUACUCCUCCGGCAAGCUGCACCUGCACGUAUGGGGUCACAAGCUUAAGGCAGAGGCAGAGCCCCCCCUCAGUGUGGUGGCCCCCACCACCAGGAGGACUGUCCCCCCAGACUCGGAGGUGGACAGUACUCUCAUCGCGGGACAGGUGGUAGGCUCAGCUCCUCGAAAGGAACCCAGAGCAGCUUUCAUCCAGUUUACCCUAAACUUGUCCUCUGCUACCUCCUCCCCUCUCCUCCUCAUCCUCCUCCCCUCUUCUCCUCUCCUCCUCCUCCUCUACUCCUCAUGGUAAUAAUAAGGACAUAGCUGGAGUUCUGAGCCUGUAGCCACCAUCUAUUACAAAGGAGAACACUAGCUCCUCUCUCGCCCUUUCUUUAUCUUUUUCUUUCCCGCUCUCUUUUCCUCCCUCUCUCUCUAA